UAUACGAUGCCACAUGAGUGUACCCCUUUCUAUAGAAAAAAAACUGGAAAACAUAGUACUUUAUAUAUUAGGGGGAAGAAGAGGCAACAUAUAUAUUCAAGAGUCAGGACUAACAAAACCUGCAAGCAUGGCCAUGAAUGCGAAGAAGUGGAGGGCGGCGGCGGGGGAGGAAUGCAUGGAGACCACCUUCCUCGCGUUCCCCGGCCAUUUUUCUGCAGCUCCUCGGUGUUGACGAGGACAUAAAUUAUGCCGUCUUAUCGCACCAUUUUUUUAAUCCCAUGCUGACAUCUAGCAAUAAUGCGAAUGAAAUUGCAUCACGCAUGGACCUCUCGUUACCUUAAGAGGAGGAGCCGCAGGAAGCCAAGAGCACGAGCACACGCGCAGGAGCAUUUGAACUUUGAAGGGAUUGUGCAGGGGUACGAGAUGAAGCGUCCCUCUGUGCUCGUUUUGCUAAUAUUUGCCUUUGUUGGAGGCAAUCUGUUCAUGGGUAUCUCCUCCAGCGCAAGAAUCGCCCAAAAUUCCUCAGAACCAGGCUAUGGAAGCAUUGAGCUAAACGGCAGGAGGCUAAAGGAAAGAUACACUUCUACUGUUCGAAAGACAAGGGGCCUGGAAAAAACUAGGACGGACGACUACCAACCUGUCGAUCCAAGCCCAAGCUCGAAAGCAACUAUCAGGCCAGGCCCAAUUGAGCAUGGCACUCCAAUUCUCCCUUAUGUACCGCGAUACCCGCCGCCAACUGGACACCCUAAGGACACGCCUCCUGCUGAAUCCCCUGGAUCUCCUUUCACCUAGGUGCACACUGAAAUACUCCAAAUAUGGCCAGCACCUGCAUAACCGCUAUGUGGCUGGA